AUGGGACUGUAUCUCUUUCAUGCUCCGGAGGGCUGCCCUGAACUAAACUGUGUUCAGCCUGACCUUUCAGUCACACCCGAAGGCCACAACUCAGUAGACAACCGGAAAACAAGUGCAAGUGAUGAUCAUCAGACUCCCGCACAUGAACUACCAGAACUUCACCUGAAACUGUUGAAGUUGGAACAGGAGAGUGAACGGCUGAGGAAUACUGACGGAGCUCUCAGGGAAGAAAAUAUGCUUCUCAAGGAUCGGCUGAAGACGUCUGGCAUAAGACAACAAAAAAUUGAAUAACACGCUAGCAAAGGCACUGGAUAAAUUAAAGCUGUGUACUCUCCGGGCCAGCUAUGAUGCUGAAAUUUGCCAAGGCUUUGAAAAUCUUCUACCAGAGCAUGAACAAAGUGAAGGGGCAGUGCCUGAAGAUGAGACACACGCACCUGAGGAUGACAACCAGUUGC